GUUGGCUUACAAGGAAAUAAUGCCAAAUGAAUCAGAGGGGCGUCAUGCCUCAUAAUGCUGGAUCGGCCUAUCCGUUUCAGAGCCCCAUGCCGAAAUGGAUAACCUGAUGGAUUUAGGGGUAUAAAUGUAGUUAAGGAGAGGCCCUGAAGCUCAAUUACUCCACGCUCCAUCAACGAAUCCUCUGCUCGUAUGAUGGAAAGGGCGAUGGAGCAGUUAAACGUACAGCUAAAUCGGCUGACGCGCUCCUUACGCCGCGCCAGGACUGUGGAGCUCCCAGAAGACAACGAGACAGCUGUCUACACACUCAUGCCUAUGGUUAUGGCUGAUCAACACAGAUCGGUCUCAGAAUUGCUCUUGAACUCCAAGUUUGACGUCAACUAUGCAUUCGGGCGUGUGAAAAGAAGCCUCCUUCAUAUAGCUGCGAACUGUGGUUCCGUGGAAUGUUUGGUCCUUUUACUGAAACGAGGGGCAAAUCCAAACUACCAGGACAUCUCUGGAUGCACCCCACUCCAUCUAGCUGCAAGAAAUGGGCAGAAGAAAUGCAUGGGUAGGCUGUUGGAGUACAAUGCAGAUGUCAACAUCUGCAACAAUGAAGGACUAACUGCUAUUCACUGGUUGGCGGUUAACGGUAGAACGGAGCUGCUUCAUGACUUGGUACAGCAUGUAUCUAAUGUGGACGUGGAGGAUGCUAUGGGUCAGACGGCCCUACAUGUGGCCUGCCAGAAUGGUCACAAGACUACAGUGCUGUGCCUUCUGGACAGUGGAGCAGACAUUAACAGGCCCAAUGUCUCUGGAGCGACCCCUCUCUACUUCGCUUGCAGUCAUGGCCAGAGGGACACAGCCCAAAUCCUGCUGCUCAGGGGUGCCAAGUACUUGCCAGACAAGAAUGGAGUCACUCCACUUGACCUUUGUGUGCAGGGUGGUUAUGGUGAAACAUGUGAGAUUCUCAUACAGCAUCAUGGAAGACUGUUUCAGACACUAAUUCAGAUGACACAAAAUGAUGACUUAAAAGAGAGCAUGCUCAGGCAGGUUCUUGAGCAUGUAUCUCAGCAAAAUGACUCCAAUUAUCAGAGAAUUCUUAUCAGCCUGGCUGAGGUUGGCACUACCAAUGGACAUAAGCUGCUCAGUUUGUCCAGCAAUUAUGAGGCCCAAAUGAAGAGUCUGCUCAGAAUAGUGAGAAUCUUCUGCCAUGUUUUCCGCCUGGGUCCGUCUUCUCCUAAUACUGGCAUUGACCUGGCAUACAAUGGGAACAAAACCCCACGCAGUCAGGUGUUCAAGCCUCUGGAGCUGCUAUGGCACUCUCUGGAUGAAUGGCUGGUCCUCAUCUCCACAGAGUUGGAGAAGAAAUGUGGAGACAUUACGUCCACUUCUCCAGGAAGUGACAUCGCCUCACUCUUUCUGAAGCAGCGGGAGGCUGGUCCUUCCAUCGUUGCUGACACCCCUGACCUUCUGUCCUCCUCACUGGAUCCUGAGGUGAUGAUGAAAUCACCUGAAGCUUAUGUUGAUGGUCAGGAUGUGAUCUCCAUGACUGCCAACCGGCUGAGUGCAGUAAUCCAGGCGUUCUAUAUGUGCUGCUCCUGCCAGAUGCCACAGGGCAUGACAUCUCCUUGUUUCAUCGAGUUUGUUUGCAAGCACGAUGAAGUACUUAAGUGUUUUGUAACCAGGAACCCAAAGAUCAUCUUCAAUCACUUCCAUUUCCUGCUGGAAUGUCCAGAGCUCAUGUCUCGCUUCAUGCAUAUAAUCAAAGGCCAGCCAUUUAAGGACAGGUGUGAGUGGUUUUAUGAGCAUCUCCUGGCUGGACAGCCUGACUCGGACAUGGUCCACAGGCCUGUCAACGAGAACGACAUUUUACUGAUUCACAGAGAGUCCAUAUUCCGCAGCAGCUGCGAGGUCGUGUCCAAGUUCACCAAUGAAAAGCUCAAGCAGGGCAUCGCUGUACGCUUUCAUGGUGAAGAGGGAAUGGGUCAGGGGGUGGUGAGAGAGUGGUUUGACAUUCUCUCUAAUGAGAUCAUCAAUCCAGACUACGCGCUGUUCACACAAUCGGCAGAUGGCACUACAUUCCAACCCAACAGUAACUCUUCCGUCAACCCAGACCAUCUGAACUACUUCCGGUUUGCAGGACAAAUCCUAGGCCUGGCCCUGUACCAUCGGCAGCUGGUGAAUAUAUACUUCACCCGCUCCUUCUAUAAGCACAUACUGGGUAUCCCAGUUAAUUAUCAGGAUGUUUCUUCAAUUGAUCCAGAAUAUGCCAAAAACCUGCAGUGGAUUUUGGACAAUGAUAUCAGUGACCUGGGCCUGGAACUCACCUUUUCUGUUGAGACAGAUGUGUUUGGAGCCAUGGAAGAAGUUCCACUUAAACCAGGAGGAACUAGUAUUCAAGUUACCCAAGAUAACAAGGCCGAAUAUGUGCAGCUUGUAACGGAGUUGAGGAUGACUCGAGCCAUUCAGCCUCAAAUCAAUGCUUUCCUGCAGGGCUUUCACACGUUUAUUCCACCCUCACUUAUUCAGCUCUUUGAUGAGUAUGAACUCCGCUACCUUAUUCGUGUUAUGAGUCAGCCAGAGCUGGAUGUGAUGGACUGGAAGAGAAACACAGAGUAUACAAGUGGCUAUGACCUCGAGGAGCCAGUCAUCCAGUGGUUUUGGGAUGUAGUGGAGGGUCUUACUCAGGAGGAACGGGUUCUCCUGCUACAGUUUGUCACUGGGAGCUCCCGUGUUCCACAUGGUGGUUUUGCGUUUCUUAUGGGUGGCAGUGGCUUACAGAAGUUCACCAUCGCUGCAGUGCCCUACACAUCCAACUUAUUGCCUACCUCCAGUACCUGUAUCAACAUGCUGAAACUCCCAGAAUACCCCAGCAAGGACGUCCUGCGUGACCGGCUGCUAGUUGCACUGCAUUGUGGAAGCUAUGGUUACACCAUGGCGUGAUGCUUACUUUGCUGUUUUUGGCUGGGGUGCUUGCUGUAUAAACACACAAACUUGGCCAACAGUUUGUGUACAUCACUUCAGGGAUAGCUUCGCCAUUCAUUGCUUUGAUACUUGGAAGAGUUCAGUUGAUUUAAUGGUGUUCUUUUUAAAUUCUCAUAUCUGAAGACAAGGGAUACAUAAGUGAGUGACACAACAAUAUGUAAUUCUGAAAAUGUGGUAUGUCAGUUUGCCAGUCUGUAUUGCCAGUGUUGUGUUUCAAAGUUUUUUGAAUUUGUGUAUAAACAUUAGAUGAGGAGGGACUGAAAAAAUUCCCAGAUUUUGAUUGUGCUCUGUGCACUCCAUGUGGAUGCAGGUUUUGCUGUUAAGUAAUGUGUGUGAGUCUUAAGUGGUGUCAUACCUUGUGGGUUAUUUGUCAUUUGUGUAUGCGACUUUUCCAUUAGUUUUUUGUUCUUCAAUACCCAUGGCAGAUGUUAAAGAGCAAAGAAUAAUGUGUAAAAUCUUGUUUUUGCUUGACAUUUUUAAUUUCGCUCACAAUGAGCAGGAUUAGGUUGAUCGAGUGGACGUGAAGGGCUGGAGUGGAAAUUCUGGCUAAUUCUAUUUAAAAACUUGGUUGAUGGUGCAGUGUGUGAAGGUACACAUUUUUUUUUUAGUGCAUGAUUAGUUCUGGGUGCAUAAUUUAUCUGGGAUUUUUCCUGAUGCUUUUUGUAGACAGUCUGUCAAAGAUUGCGAUCAUCAUUUUCUUCAUUUGAGAUUUGACAAUUUUUUUGUCUUUUGCUUUAGAAACACAUCAGGAGGGAUGGCCUUGAAAAGUUUGCUCUAGCAUUGUCACAGUAUUGGGAUCAGGUUUAUCGAGGGGGAAAAAUGAAACUUUACACAUUUUUAGCUCUUUAACAUCUGCAAAGGAAAUUAAAGGGAAAAAAAGGUGUUUCUGGGAGACUGAAUUUAUAGGUUCCCCCACACAUAUACUGUGGUGUCAUUAAAGGAAAAAAAAUAACACAAAGUGUCAUGUUCAGCUGUACGGCCAACAUGAGCUGCCAGAACAGUUUUAGGGCUCCUUGAUUUAGAUCCCGCAAGAUUCUCAACUCUAUUGAAGAGACACCCACCAUUUUUACAAAAGAUGGUGAUUUGAGAUGGAGAUUGUUGGGACAGAAUACGCUCUACACUUUGGUCCAGAACCUUGCAUAUCGAUGACUGCACAGGCCACAGCAUGUGAUAUUUAUACUUCUACAAACCAUUCACUGAGACCUCAUGCCCUGUGGAUGAGAGCAAAUAUCAUCCUAGACUUUUAUCCAGCACCCUCAACAGUAUAGAACUUUUCCAUCAUUGCUAAACAUAAAAGCCAUGUCUGUGUAUAUCUGUGAUCCUGUUUUAGAACACAGAAAGAAAAGGGAAGUAAUAUUGCUGGAAACAACAAAAAAAGAUUGUCUGGUGAGCAUGGACCUCCAUACUUCUGUGAUGUCUGGUCUGUGUUAGCUUUGUGCUGUGGGUUUGUUUAUCAUGGAUGGUCACAAGUAAAAGUUCUUUAAUAUGCCUUUUUUUUUUUUUUUUUUUUUUUUUUUUUUUUUGACAAUGAAAAUUCGGAUGAACAGUGCCAAACAUUUGCUAGAAUAUUAAGUUAAAGGCAAAAAUUAUAAAAGAUUAAAUGUUUGUACAUGCUAGUGACAUGUUUUAAAAAGGGGAUGUCUGUUUAUUUUAUGAAAGCAGUGAUUAUAUCCAGAGAAGCAAUGGAUAUAUAAUGAGAACAUAUGUUUGUAUUUCUUAUAAAUUAUCACUUUGAUUUGGUUGUAUAUUUUUUCAUUUGUAAAUUCGAUUGCUUAUUGUAUACACAAACCUGAAGGAUAUUUUGCAGAAAUCAUUGAAAUAUUGAAGUAUGUAUUUUACUAUA